AUGCCCCCGAGGCAAGAUCCAUACAUGAACCAAUAUGUUCUAGGACCUGAGAACACACUUCAAGGCCAAACCUGGCCCUCUUCUCAUUCGUUUCCUCAAUCAUCCGUGAAGCGGCAGCAUCUCAUGCACACAACCCUCGAAGCAGAUACUCCAUCAAUUGGCUGGGGGGGUCUGGAACGAAUUGAUCCAAAUACACAGACAUUCCUAUCUAAUGGUGCUCAAGUGGUGGGCUUAGCGGAGAGGCUGUAUACUGGAGGCAGUAGCAGCACGCCAAAUGACUCGACCACCUCCACUGAUUUAACAUCUUCAUUUGAGCCAAAGACAUCAAUGUCCCCCCCUCCUAUCCCCUUGCAAUCAAUUCCUAAUACCUCGGUUGUCUUUGGGCCGAACGUACUGGAGAGUGGAAAAGUGGAUUUAUCCAAAUGUCGGCCUCGGGCGUCCAUUCCUCCCAAGAUCCCUCCCUUGGUGUACGGUAGGCAGUGCAUUCAAGCAGCUUAUGCAUCUCGCCUCAACCCUUAUGCCCUUCACCUCAAGGAGCAAGAACUCUUACAAGAUCACCUUUGUCACGUUCACGUCACAAUCUACCUCAACCUACGAAAUGGAAUAUUGCUUCUGUGGGGAAGAAAUCCUAUGGUGGCUGUUACAAGGGAAGAAGCACUCGGAUGUGCGAAAGAUUAUCGGUGGAUGAACCUGGCGUCAUUUGCUUACGACUGGCUUGUUCGGAACGGAUACAUUAACUUCGGCUGUGUGGAAGCACCAUUGGCUCCGGUGAAGCCCAAGCGCGGAAGAAGAAAGGAAGGGCCAACAAUUGUUGUAAUCGGCGCAGGAAUGUCUGGGUUGGGAUGUGCGCGUCAACUGCAGAGUCUUUUUCGGCAAUAUCGCAAUGAAAACGCCUUGCCUCGGGUUAUUGUCCUCGAGGGACGCCGCAGAGUUGGUGGCCGAAUUUACUCACACCCGUUACACAGUCUCGAGUCAAAGACUCUGCCUGAGGGGCUUGUUCCCAAGGCAGAAAUGGGCGCGCAAAUCAUUGUUGGUUUCGAUCACGGCAACCCACUAGAUGCGAUUGUUCGUGGCCAGCUUGCUCUCCACUACCACAAGAUACGAGAUGUUUCAACAAUUUACGAUACCGAUGGAACACCCGUGGAUGAAGUCCAAGACGCCAUGGCAGAAAAGCUGUAUAAUGAUGUACUAGAACGGACCGGAGUUUACCGCCGUAAGGCAGUGAUUAUGCCAACUGCUGAGGGCGAUCGAGACAUGAUUGAUACGGGCCGCGAGUCAGUAGUGGACGAUGGGCUCACUGUUCGACAAUGGGAAGAAGCAAGGGCAGCCGGAACCACAGACCUCCUGGUGCCCACCAAGCGAGUUCGUCGUGGGUUAAAACACAAGACUGCGGAUAUCAGACCAACCACCGACGCGGCAGCUGAUCUUGUGGAGCAUUCUGACGAGAACCCAGCGGCUUUGACCUGUCAACUUACCGGAUGGAAUUUGAACCCUGGCUACACCGUGAACGAUACACUCGAGCUGGAUGACAUUGCCAAGCAGAAGCCUCAGCAGACGCUGGGUGCAGUCAUGGACGAUGGUGUCAAGCAAUAUGAGCGCAUGCUUCCGGUUACACCCAAAGACAUGCGUUUGAUGAACUGGCAUUUCGCCAAUCUCGAGUAUGCCAACGCAUCCAAUGUCCACAAGCUCAGUCUUUCGAGUUGGGACCAAGACAUCGGAAAUGAAUUUGAGGGUGAACAUUCGCAGGUCGUCGGUGGCUACCAAGAACUGCCCUAUGGAUUGUACAUGCUUCCCGAAAAGCUCGAUGUGCGUACCAACAAGAUUGUUACCGACAUAUCCUAUAAUGAACAUGGUUCUGGUAACAAGAAGGCAGUCAUCCAGUGUGGGGAUGGCGAGAGCUUUACGGCAGACCAUGUUGUAUUUUCAGGCUCUCUCGGCGUGCUAAAACAGCAAAAUAUUAACUUCCAACCUCCUCUUCCAAACUGGAAACGUGGUGCAAUCGACAGACUGGGAUUUGGAGUCAUGAACAAGGUCAUUUUGGUAUUUGAGGAGCCAUUCUGGGACACCAAACGAGACAUGUUCGGCCUUCUCCGUGAACCAAACAACCCGGACAGCAUGGUCCAAGAAGACUACGCAGCAAACCGUGGCCGCUUCUACAUGUUCUGGAAUGUCAUGAAGACCACAGGUCUCCCAGUUUUGAUCGCUCUCAUGACCGGCGACGCAGCUCACCAAGCCGAAGCAACACCAGACGAAGAAAUCGUCAGCGAAGUCACCAGCCAACUUCGAAACGUCUUCACAGACACUGAUGUGCCCGACCCUCUCGAGACAAUCGUCACCCGCUGGGGCCAGGACCCCUUCACAUACGGCAGUUACUCCUACGUAGCUGCAGCAGCCUUCCCAGACGACUACGAUCUAAUGGCCAAACAAAUCGGCAAUCUCCACUUCGCCGGAGAAGCAACCUGCGGCACACACCCAGCAACCGUCCACGGAGCCUACCUCUCAGGAAUCCGCGCAGCGUCAGAAAUAGUCGAGUCAAUCGCAGGCCCAAUCGAAAUGGCAAACCCACUAGUCCCAGACAAAAACGACAAAACAAAGUCAACACGCAGCGAAUCCUCCACACCAAACGGCAACACAACCAGGAAAAGAAAAGGAAGCUCCUCAAUCUCCUCGAUAGAAGCCCAACCCCCGACCACAACCACAGACCAACCAAAAGCCUCAACCUCAUCUUCCAGAAAACCAGUCUCUACAGAAAAAUCCCGCAAAGAUGCUUACGACCAGGCUCUCUGGAUAAACAUCUACUCAGAACUAGGCCCGGCACCACCGCGCCCCCCAAAGUCAGGUCUAAACCCCUUCCUCUUCUACCAAAAGGAUUACUGGACCCAAUGCCGCGAAAGCUGCGACCAAGCCCGGCGCACCUCAUCCAAUAAUCCAAACGCCAAGGCUCCCCGUGACGAGAUCCGCGCUGCGCUGGGCCAGAUGUGGCGGACUGCCAGUCCCGAGAUUAAACAGCCCUACCUUGAUAAGGUGGAGGCUAAUCGUCGGGAGAAUGCGCAGUCGUGGGAGUGUUGGAAGGUUACUGUUGCUGAAUGGGAGAAGAGGACGUUUGAGGUUAAGGAUCGGUGGUGUAGGGAUAAUCCGUUUGAGGGGUGGGUUGUCCCUGAUGAUUUGGGGGACGUGGAAUCUGUUCCUGUUCUUGCGCCGGCUUUUUCGAAUGAUGCUGGUGGUAGUGGACGUUAG